UUUAGCUUCAAGUAUGUUGUAUUCAUGGUUGUAGUGGUAACAAAGAUUGCUAUUUCGAUGAAUGGUGUUACAGUUUUAUAACUUUUGAAUUUAAAGACUAUCUGGAAUUAUACAUCAAAUUGGGUUUGUUGUGGGUUUGUGUCAACCCUGUUUUGAAUUGCCCUAAUGUUGGGAAGUCCCUCAGUCUGAUGAUAUUUCUGGUUGGAGGGUCUAAUGGAAUUUUGGCAUUCCGAGUUGAUUUGAGGACUUGGAUCUAAUAUAUUUCUAGGAGGGCUCAUCUUUCUUUGAGCAGGUUAUUGAGGACAAGGAUAUUUCCCUUUUUUUUUCUAGUGUUGCUGCUGUAAGAGUGAACUAAGAUAUUUGGGUUUCUAGUUGUUUCUGGGUUUAAGACUUCAUAUUUAUUUUUAAAAGACAUUUUAUCCCUCUGAGAUGCUGAUCUUUGGAGAGUUGAUCAUGUCAAACAGUCAAAACAUAUAGUUUUAUGCUCCAAAGUUCAGUACUAUAUAUCCAGAGGCUCUGGAGAACAUCAAUUCUGUAACACAUAGUUAAAAGUUCUUUUUCUUUUAUUUUUGCCAGUCUUGAUACUCAGCUUACUGUAUUUUGGUUAGUUUUGAUUCAGAAUUCUGGUUUCGAAAUUUGGGUAUGUUUUUUUCUGGUUUUCAAAGAAUUGAGCAAUCUUUCAUAUCUCUUCUACAUCCUUUUUGGGCUUAAGAAGUAGUUCUGCUGUUUAUACAAGACAAAAGCCAUAACUUGAUCCUAUACACUGUUUUCAAAACCCUCAUCGUCAAUCAUUUUUAAUUUUCUCUUUUCUUUUAUAUUUGGAUUUUCAAUACCCUUUAUAGUUGAAUUUUCUCUGAAAUUUGGAAUGUGAUAGCUUUCAAAAGCUUGAUGUUGACAGAUUUGAUCAUCAUAUGACUAUAUAUAGAUGAUGGUUGGUCGUUCUAUACCUGCAAUGGCUUACCAGUUUUCACGCUUUAUACAGGGCUUCAAUUUUUGUGCCAUGUGGGACAUGGAUUUGCCCUCCCAGGGGCCAACUUUGUUUCCUUCAGGAUCUGUCUGGAAUUUGCAGGAGAACAAAGCUUUUGAAAAUGCUCUAGCUAAAUAUGAUAAGGACACCCCAGAUAGAUGGGAGAAGGUGGCAGCCAUGGUGCCCGGAAAAAGUGCCAUGGAUGUCAGGAAGCACUAUAAGGAUCUUGAAGAUGAUGUGAAAGACAUUGAAGCUGGCCUAGUUGAUGUAAGUUAUAACAAUUCUUCCUAUACAAUUGAAUGGAUACCAGAUAAAGCUGGUCAGUUUCCUGGUUUGAAGCAGUCAUUUGGAAGUAGUGGGAAAGGGCCACCUGCCAAGUCCUCUGAACAAGAGAGGAAGAAGGGCAUUCCCUGGACUGAAGAAGAGCACAGGCUAUUUUUGAUGGGACUUAGUAAAUAUGGUAAAGGUGACUGGAGAAGCAUUUCAAGAAACUAUGUAGUAACAAGGACACCAACACAAGUUGCUAGCCAUGCUCAAAAGUACUUUAUUCGUCUUAGUUCAGGGAACAAAGAUAAGAGAAGAGCCAGCAUACAUGAUAUAACCAGUGUCAGUGGUACAGAUAGGAGGUCAUUUCCUUUACCACAGUCUUCCGCAAUUUGUGGGCAGAAUAAUUCCACAUCAAUACCAGCAGAACUUAGUCAAUCUGCAUUGUUGAUGUAUCCAUCUCCAAUGGCACGAGUACCUUUUCCAAAUGGUAUUGGCACUCAAGCAGAUCGCAAUCAUCUAAUGCUACCACAGUAUCCUCUAAGUAUGUAUUCCCAAAUGGGUCUUGGGGGCCAUUCAUCAAUAACCAUCAUUCCUGAUUCAAUUGUUGUAACUCAGAUGGGAUACCCUAGACAACAUGCCAUGCAAUAUUGAUGAAAGAGGGGUCUGACAAACAAGAUUUCUGCUGCAUUGAUAGGUCUCAUGCUAGUUCAAAUGUAAAUGUGCUUUUUUCUUAUGUCAUUUUGGGAACCAACUUGUGUUCUGUAAAUAUGCAAAGGAUUGCAGGAGAGAUGUUGUUCAGCUUUGUCAUUAUUGCAUGUUUUCAAUAUGAUCCAUAUGUUGUACAUUAGCAAGCAUCCGACAACUGAUUUGCAGCUUAACAUGUGACCCCUUAGGCAAGCACUAUUUGUUGAGCAGAAGAGUAGUCAUCAAAUAUAUUGUUGAGAAUGCAAGACAUGAUGAAAAGAUGCAGCAAAGUUUGUGCACAGGACUUCCAAUGUUUGUCAUGGCUUGGCCCAUGCGGCUCAUGAGAAUGCAUUAUUGUAAUGCAAACUUCAUUGCAGUCUGCAACUACAGUUGCUCUGUUGCAUUUAAUCUCCUUCUAUGAGCCACAUGGUGGCUGAAUCUACGCACUAUGGAUUUGCAGGCGCAGCUUCUUCUACUGACAGAUGGAAAAUGCAAUGCAGUGAUACUCCCUGAAGGGUUACCAGUUUUAAUGUAGACCUGUUUUGUCUACAAACCAAUCUGCUCAAGUAUCUGCUGCGUCCUAUGAAGACCUGUGGUCUAGUGGGCUGUCUAUUUUAGCCUAUAUUGAGGGCAGAAGUCUGCUGUGCGUGGACCAAAAUUUGAACUAAAAAUAGCAGUUGUUUUCUGUCACACCAGCUUGGCAAUAUGGCAGAGCGCUUAUCAGUAAUCUUCUGUUACAUUAUUGGUGGGAAUGCCAUUGCUUGUAUGAUAAAGACUGUAUUUGAAGUCCAUCUUUGUUCGAUUUGUAAGAUGCCUCUUAGGCUGCUCAAUGUUCAAUCCCGCUUUGUACAACAUAGAGUUACAUUCACCCAGAUCUAAACAGCAAUGUAUGUUUGAUGUCUAUUCCCUGGCAAAACUGCAUUGGAGAAUUACAAUAAAUUUGGUGAAAUGGAUCACUUGAAUGCCAUGUAAAAUAUAUUUUACUCUCUGUAUGGACAUGCACGAACAUCCAUAGGAUAAAGUAUGCACAAGAACUCAUGCUAUAUCCCGUAGCAAGAGAAGAAAUUUGAUUAUUCAAAACUUAUUUGACAUACAUCACCUGUUCUUUUGUAGUUAAGCAGAGGAUCAAUGUGUAAUAUACUGAGCUUUUCUUUGUA